AUGACCCCCGCCUCGCCAUUUGCAGACCCUCUCACUGUCUUCCCUCCGGAGAUUGUACUGCGCAUCCUUGACUUCUCGCCCGUCUCGGCCCUCGCCUCUCUCACAGCCGCCUCUAAGGCCUGGCACGAAUUUAUCGAUGUCACCCACCAACAGGCCAUCUACACCUCGGAAUCCAAAACACGCCAGCCGCCCGGAUGCUCCCGUGAUCUGUCAUUUCUCGCUGAUGCUCGCACCUUUUCGCGCCUCUUUGAGGAAACAGCAUCAUGGAAGGAUCUAUGCAAACGCCAGACGCUCCUGUCGCGCAACUGGACCGACCGACAGCCGAUGAGCCAGGAGUCGGUCCUGCAGAUCGGCAAUGAUCCGGUCUGGCGCUUUCGCCCCGACUUCAAACGCCGCUUCUUCGUUUCUUCCUCACAUGCCGGCGGGUUGAAUGUCACCGAUAUGGAUACCGGCCGCGUCCUGUGGCGCCUGCCCUCCACCCUCGACAGCAACGGGGACGCCGUUCGCCCCUACGCCCACCUUGAAUACCAGGAUGGAAUGGUCGUGUUUGAUCGGGAGGGAGAUGCCGUCGAGGUCUGGCAGGCCGACCAAGGCGAUGCGCCGCGAGGCGAGUUUCGACGCAUUGCCGUUCUGAACCACCGUUGUCAGACGCGAGGCUUCCAACUCUCAUACUGGACGCUCUGUGUCGUGUCGAACCAGGGCCAAGGCUUCGUAUACGACAUGACUCAACGACCGCCCAAACUGACUACCCACCUCAAGAUCGAAAAAGAUGCAGUCGGCCAUCUUGAUCAGAGUGAAGAUGUCGUGAUUUACUCCAUUGGACCGGCCGGCUAUUAUGCCUACGAUAAGGCAUCGGGCGACUUCUUGGGUGUUUUGCAACCAUCUCAUUGCACUGAUCAGUACCAUAUCCUCCCACCCGCCGCUAGCUCGCCAUCUGCGACUGCUGCGCUUGCAGGUGCUGCGCGAUAUGGUGCAGCCCAUCGACCGUUUCCUCCGGGGGCUCCUCGAAAGGAUUCCCUCGUGCCAAUUGAUAUUGUCAAGGGACCUCUUCCGAGCUCAGAGCACAUGUGGGAGGGACCAAACGAAUGGGGUGCCGGAAUGCUGGACGGCGAUCUCUUCGUCGGGUUUUCUCGUGCAGGUCGUGUCUUCGUCUGCUCCGACUGGCGCAAGGCGCUCCGGGAUCAGGCAAGCCUCGCAGCAAACAGCUCUCUCAUUGAAUGCAAAUCGGACGGCUCGAGCUUCGAUCUCGGUGGUUGGCUGUCUGUACAAAAUCACCGGCUGAUGUUUGAAAUCCAAGAUCGAAUCUAUGUCGUCGCCUUGGAUGAUUCGAAUCGUGUCCAAGAUACCGCGUCCCAUCCCCCAGCCUCUUAUUCGCUGCUCACGAGCUCCGCACCUCAGCUUGCUGUCCCAACACUCGGCUGGCGGCAAUCACUCCCGAACCUCCCGGGCGGCGUACAACAUAACGACAAUCCCGCCCGCAUCUUCCCCACCAAGGCAAUUCGUGUCGUCAGCCUCGCCCCCGAUCUCCCUGGAGUAACUUCCAAGUCAAACUCCGAUACUCCUUCAUCCACAACUGCAGAUGGGCUGUUUGACCCAGAAAGUCAAGAUCGUCCUCCAGCUGAUGAGAUCUGGCGCUCACAAGCUGGGCUCUUACAACUCCUUAGCAUGCUCGGUGAUGAGUUCGGCGAGGAAGAGGACGAUGAUGAGCUGCAAGCCGUGGUCACGGGCCUUGGCGAUGGUGAUGCGGAAUGGGAGGAUGUGGAUGAUGAUGAGGACGAGAGUGGCUCCGACGAUGAGCCCGACGGCCAGGACCCUUCACCCGCGCACCCGUCCGAGCACUCAUAG